UGUAGAGGUGGUCGAAGAUGCGCCACGCUCCGGAAGGCCUGUUGUCGAAAAUUGCGAUAAAAUCGCUGAAUUGGUCGAAAGAGACCGGCAUAGUAGUCAUCAAACCGUUAUAAACCAUUUGAAGAAGCUUGGAGUCACGAAGAAGCUCGAUGUAUGGGUGCCACACGAAUUGAUUCAAUAAAAAUACCGCAAGACUUUUUUGAUCACAAAAUAUUAAAAUUAAGUGAGAUCAGUUCAGGUCUACUUUGAGCUUUCUACGCAAUAUAAUGAUUUUCGGGCGGAUUAUCGGUCAAUAUGUUAGGAAUAAAGCUUUGCGUUGCAUUAUUAUUUUAGUUCCUUAUUUACCAUUAUGUAUAUAUAGAAAAAAUACGUAUCACAUUUUCUCCGUGGUUAACUCCUAAACUACUGAACCGGUUUUAGUAAAAUUUAGUACGCUGUGUCUAGUUUGAUCUAACUUAAAUGAUAAGAAUCAAAUUUUGAACUAAAUGGACCUUUCCGCCGCUUCUGUGUUAACUUUAAUUCUCAUUCAUGUUCAUUUGAUUUAUAUGAUACACUUUUAAAAAUAAUAAUUUAUUAUAAAGUAAUAUUAAAUCUUACCUGUUGAAAAUUUUCUUUCAAUAGCAUCUCUGGUGAGGCCUACAUUAGAGUAUGCUUCUGUGGUUUGGAACUCUACUCACUAAGUCCAUAGGAUAAGUUAGAGUCCGUUCAAAAACAAUUUUUAAUUUUUGCCUUAAAUCAUUUGCUUUGUGAUUCCAGUUUAAAUCUUCCCCCUUACACUAACCGUUUAAAACUUAUAAAUCUUCCGACACUCGCUAGUCGUAGGGAGAUGCUUGGUAUAAUAUUUCUUGUAAAACUCAUGAAUGAGUCAGUCUGUAGCCCAUCUCUCUUAUCUGAUAUUAAUUUUAACGUUCCCGCUCGCUCUACCAGGCAGUUUAGACCCAUACUUUUAAAAUUUUCUAGUACAAAUUUUGAGUUAAACGAACCAUUCCGCCGUAUAUGUUAUGAUUUCAAUUCUCAUUCCAGCACAUUUGAUCUAACAGACUCACUCUUUACCAUUAAAAAAAAUAUUUUAUCUACUUUUAACAAUAACAUUUAAAAAUAAUAAACUUUAAUCUAAUUCUUAAUUUUCGCUGUUGAAAUUUUUGUUUUUGUAGCUGAGCAGCUUAAGAUCGCAACGUUUAAAACUCUCUUGCCUUUUAUGACUGGGCUAAUUCCGCUCGUUCGCGGAUUGCGCCCCUCGCGUCGGUUGGGCGGGAGGAGGGUAAUCGUCAGGUAUUAUUAUAACAUAUACAGGGUAGGCCAUUUAAAGUUGACACAUUUGUUUCUAAAAAAAAAGAACACAAGAAAACAAUGUUUUUUGUUCAUUUCAAAAAUAAUUUAUUUUGGCCCAAGGGGAUUUGUUUCAGCUAAUAUUUAAAAAUUAGAUCGCGUAAAUGGGCACCUUUAGCUUUGACAACUAAAUGCACUCUUUUUUCGACAUUUUCUAUGACUUUGGCCAAUGUUUCGGAUGAUAUGGCGGCUGUUUCACGUCGAAUGUUGGCUUUCAGUUGAGCUAAGGUCUUUGGCUUAUUAGCGUAUACCUUGGAUUUCAAAUAACCCCACAAAUAAAAGUCUGGUGGCGUCAAAUCUGGUGAUCUCGGUGGCCAGUCAACAUCACCAUUUUUCGAUAUCAAUCGCCCAUUGGCCCAUUUGCCAAAAUUAAGGCGUCGCGGAUAAUCAGCUGGGUUUAGUUUUUGUGCCAUUUGAAUUUUAUAUGGAAACAUCUUCAAAUCUUUAUGAAUUAUGCGUCGGAGAGUGGUGCGAGAUAUGUCUAAUUCCUGAGAGCGGCGAUAACUCGAUGUCGAUGGAGUCUCCUCAAUACUGUCUCGUACAGCUUCGAUAUUUUCAUCAGAACGUCUUGUGCGUUGUCUGGAUGCAUGACUGGCAUUACUGAGAUUACCGGUGUUCACAAAUUUUGCGUAUAAAGACUUAAUUGUGUUCUUAACUGGAGCACUUUUCACUUUAUUUUUUUUGCGAAACGCACGUUGAGUUAACACAAUUGAAAAGUUAUUUUGAAUAUAAAGCUGAACAAUUUCAGCGCGUUCUUUUGGAGUGUACUGUUCCAUGGUAUAAAUUGUCUUCGAAUGACGCUUCUAACGCGGUAUGACAUUAGCCGAUUUGUCAGCGCUGUUAAAAGUUACAGCGUUGCCAGAUGGGUCAACUUUAAAUGGCCUACCCUGUACUAGUGGAUCCGGGCACGCGUUUCUGUGGUAUACAUUCUGUAAUAAAUAAACUAUUGAAUAUGAAAAUUUUAUUUACGAAUAAAGGCGAAAACGUUUUUUUGGUAUACGAAUCCAAGAGACUGUACUUGAAUUUUGAAUAUGUUCAUGCAAAUGAAUUUCGUUGCAAAAAAUAACGAAUUUAAGGCUGCUUUCUCAAUGUCUGGUUACCAGCCUUCUGUCCUGUUAAUAGAGUUGUUCAAUAUGUGUGAUGGGUUACUGAAAUUCGGGUGAAAUGUUUUCUUGAGAAUAAUAUAACCUUUUGUCCAAAAUGAGUUGAAUCGGCCAAUAGUACCCUUAACCCCAUAUACCAGGGAUGGGCACAUUUUUAGCCCGCAAAGUUAGCAAAGUGCACACGGGGGCUAGAUGAGGGGAAUAUCAGUUUACGGAGAGAAGGGCAUAACAAGUUGCGAAAAAAAUCAAUCACAUUCCUCCGUAAUUUAAUGUUCAUCGCAGAGUGGUUGCGGCCAUGGAUAAAUUGAUACGAAACUCUUUGAUUCGAGAGAGCGCUGUCAAAGUCCACAUUUUUUAUAACAUUUGCCAAUGAUGCCACUAUGGAAGAAAUGCGUUAGGGAAUUUUUAGUAAAUGUUUUGGGAGUUUGUAAUUUUCACACCACCGCUGAGGUAUACAAAAGGCGCGUUACCGAAGUUAGUUUUGGGUGCUCGGUUCCCCUAUAGGCCUAUAUCACUCAUAUAGGUACAAAAUAAAAUCACAACAUUUAUUAGUAUUUACGAUACUUUCUACUAGUAUUACAUUUAUUUGUACGUAAAUUUAUAAUUAUAGUAAUAUUUACAUCUACUACGUUACUCCAAACAACAUAUUAAAUUGGAUCUAUUAAAUAUUACAAUACUAUUUACUAAAUUACAUUACAAUUCGCAAGUAUGAUAUAUUUUUUAUCAUGCAAUAAAUUGCAUCUAAAACAAUAUCAAAAUAGGCACAAUUUAUAAAAAAAUAUUUCUAAAUUUCACUAAAUAACUAUAUUUUUCUACUAAUUAAAAUUAUUUACGAACCUGGAUCCAUCCUUCUCCUUGUUGGGGAAAAACCGUCGCGCUCCUACGCAUCCAGCCACACACUUAUUUUUAGUUCUCGGCAUUUUCCUAUAAUACGUUAGGAAAACAUAAUAUAUUUAUAUACAUGUAUUUACGAUGGCUUUAAUAAUACACUUACCAACUUUAUUUUUAGUAAAAACAAUUAUACACUGUAUUUUUAAUAAAAAAAAGACACUAUAUUUUCACAACACAAUUACUUAUGUACUCCACAAUGAAAAAUAACGAACUUAUUUUGUCAGUUAUUUUUAAUGGGAUUUUGUCUGGCAGUUCAUUGUUUUGCUUGUCACCUGAUUCGUAGCCCAUGAACUUUCAGUAUUGCCAUACAUAUUUUCAAAACUAUAAGAAAUCAUCAAAUAAAAAUAUAUUUGCGCUGUAUGGCAUUAUUGAUUGAGAGUGGCUAAGCACCAGAGACCUGCAUUGGGUAUGAUCGAUCCGGUUUGAUCAGCCUCGCUCAAAACGGUCACAACUCAGCACAGCGGUUGCAACAAAAUUGUUCGAUCGAGUUUCGUGCUCAAAACGAAGGAGUUCGAUCUGUUGAUUGGAUUGCUCUGCUUACUGAUUGAAACUGAUUGUUCGGUUCCGGUAUGAUGAUUGGAAAUGAUUGUACAGAAAAACACGAUCAAGUCCAACGAUGCACGAAAACUCAGACAUCGAUCAAGUGUGCGUUUGAAGUGAUUGUGAUUGAACCAAUCAGAUCGAGAAUUGCCCUGCGAAUAUGUAUAUACAUAGUUCGCAUGUACAUAUUUGUGUGUUUUAACGAAAACAAGUUGCGAUGCAUAAAAUUAACCAAAACAUUACUGCAUAUAUUUCUUCAUUUGUAACGCUUAAAACUAAAAUUCAAUUAAUGCUUAAAAUUAAUAAACUAAGGUAAUGCUUAAAAUAUUAGGGAACACAAAUUUCAAAUUUUUAUCACUUCUUCAUUGAGAUCAACAAAAACUUAAAAUUAAAAAAAGGUAACAAACUUGGUUUCUUAAUAGCUAAAACUUUUAAAAAAUGAAUGUAAAAACAACAAAUUAUCAACUGAACAUGGUCCGAGCCUAUUUCUUUUUUCAGUUAUAAUAUUUCCAGCUAAAGAAAAAGAACGCUCAGCGGCUGCGCUGCUGGCAGGAAUCGAAUGAAUUUGCAGUGCUAUUUUUGUUAAAAAUGGGUAUUUCUUUUCAUUAUUUUGCCACCAGUCAAUUAAAUUAAAAUGUUCAUCCAUUGCUACUUUUUCAUUGCAGUACCUUUCAAAUUCUUCCUCAGGCGUCUCUGCGGUUUGUGUGGAAUUCCGUUUUAUUAAAUGCGGGAAAAAGAAAGUGUCGUUGGUUCUAUUCCCUGCUGAAACUUGGCUAUUGGUAUAUAAGGUACUGUCUGAGUCAAAUGAAAAAUGUGUUGUCGAUGAAUCCGAUAAAGGUGUAUUUGGACAUGCUGAUUGAUUUUCUGUCAAAAUGCGAGUAUUGCAAAAUAAUUUUAUGUCUUCUAAAUCAUUUGGCUGCAUAUUUAAAGCCGGGGGAUAUAAAAAAUAUGGAACUUUGUGCCAUAUACCGAUGUUAGGGAGCCAUAUUUCAUUAAUAUUAUUUAUUAUAUUUUCUUUUAAUGUUAAAAUUACCGGUAUUUCAUCGGUUGCCGGCUGACAUAGAUUUUUAAUUGUUAAAAUUCCUGGCAACACAUAGCUCAGUGAAGGUGCACUGCAAAGCUGCAGUUUUUUAAAUACAAUUUCAAAAUUCUCACACAUUUCCACUACCGCUUUAACAACAGUUAUGUUGAUAUGUAGAAUUCGUAGGCUUUGUUCAUUCUGCCUUAAAAUGGUAUUCAUCUCUCCAAAAUUGUCAAUAAUCGACUUGAGCAUAAAAUAAUUGGAGUUCCAACGUGUUGGGCAUUGGCUUUUUAGAGAAGUGGUCAGGAGAUGCUGCAAAUUUGAUUUUUUAAAAUAUUUAACAAUUUUUUUGCACGAUUCCAACACUUCUGCGAGUUCUGUGGUGGCAGAGAACGACUUGUCCAACACAUUGUUAAACAAAUGUCUGCUACAAUUUAGUCUAGAAUUGUUUUCUAAGGCUUUUAAGAUAUUUGUUCCUCUAUCCGUUACAAACUUAAUUUUUUCAAUAUUCGAAAUAUCAAAUUCAUUGAAUAAACUCUUAAGUUUUUUUAAGAUGUUGUCGCCUGUUGUCCUUUCGAAAUCCAUUGAUUUCAUUCCCAAAAUUAGGUCAAAGAAUUUGAAAUCCUUUUGGUAGUGGAAUGUUACUCCUAAAAAGUUGCGCUUUACAAAGUUGUCCGACCACAUAUCAAUUGUUGCUGACGCGCCACCACUGCUCACAAUCUUAUUGAUUUCAGCCUUUAACUCUUCCUUCUUUUCAUUGGCGCAUUUCGAGACUUUACGUGAAAUGGUUGUUGGAUCCGGUAGCAUAUCUUCCACGUCGACGUGCUCGCCAUAAGUUACACCGAUCUUAAUAAAAAACUUUACUAGCUUAACAAACCCAGAACCGCGCACAGCUGAAAAUGGCCGACAGUCUUCUGUAAUCCAAUUUGCGCAUUUUUCAAUGGUCUCAGUUUUGUCCAACGGUGUGACAGUUUUUAAACUUUUGGAUUGCUUUAAGUUUUUGCAGCAGCUGUGCCUAUUUAAAUUUGACAUUUGACUUGUGCUGUACUUUAACACAUUGCGACAUGUGCGACAGAAAACAAAUUCUUUUAAUGUACUGUUGUCCGGUUUUAGUAUUUCAGUAAGUAUAUUCCAUAUAAAGCUUCUUCCCUUUCGCUUUCCAGAUAGUGUGUACAUCCCUUUUGCUAUGUUGUCAGCAACACUCUUCGCCGAUUCGCUCUCCAUAAUUAUGCUAUUUAAUACUUAUAAUUAUUAUUAUUAUUAUUUACGCCACCGAUUAUUGAGAACACUGCAACUCAACUUAUUAGUAAGUGCUGUAUGUAUUUGCUAUCAUAAUAUAUAUGGGCCAUUCCAUCAAUUGGCGACAUGGUUUUGUACCCGUGGUUCUCCGAUUUUGACGAAACUUUAGAAUAUCAUAAUAUAGACUAAAAUAAGAAUAUCUGUAAACUUUUUAGUGGCCAAAGUUGCUCCAUUGAUUUUUGGCGCGUACUUCAAAUUGAGAUCAAACAAAAAAAUGACUUUUUCUUUUAUUUUUUAACGACCUCAAAAUUGAGUGAAAAAAAUUUUGAAGUUAUCCAUUUUUAUGUAAAAAAAUCUCAGCUUUCUGAUAAAAAUAUUUUCAGAAUCCAAAAAAAAAUUUCAAAAUCCAAAAAUCCCGCUUUUUGUGCUCUUCCCUCACUUUUUUUUCAAAAUUGACAUUUUUAUUCGAUUCCUCGUUAAAUUUUACAUAAGAAUCAGUGUUCAAAAAUAUGGGAGUUUGAUCCCAUGAACAGCAAAAAAAAUUCAAAGUUGACGCUCAAAAUCCAAAAAGAAACAUUAUUUUCCAAAAAAUCCGGUUUUUUGUGCUUUUCCACCAACUUUUUUUCAAAAUUGACUUUUCCAUUCGAUUCCUCGUUAAAUUUUACAUAAGAAUCAGUGUUCAAAAAUAUGGGACUCUGAUCCCAUCAACAGCAAAAAAAAUGCAAAGUUGUCGCUAUACGGUGCAUAUUUUUUUGAAUGAAGACAGUGAUUUCUUUUAAUCCAAGUCUUAGAAUACAAUUUACACAUUUACCUCUUUCACACAACCUUCUAAGCGAACACACUGCGGCGUAUAGCGACAACUUUGCAUUUUUUUUGCUGUUGAUGGGAUCAUAAGAGGAGAAAGAUCCCUUUUUUACAAAUGUAUUUAAGGGAAAAAUAAGAUUAUAAGAAAAGGAGAAAGAUCCCUUUUUUACAAAUGUAUUUAUGGGAAAAUAAGAAUUCAUAUUUUUGUACUACUAUAUAAUAAUUGUGGCAUAAAUUUUAUAUAUCAAUUAAAAUAAUAAAUUUAAAAUGAGCAAAGAUUCCAUCGAACCACCCGGUAUGACCAAACGGUAUGAUUGUGAUCGAUCGGAAUGUUAGCAGCAUUCUCGAACAUUCUUUGUUGCUCACACAAGGCGUUCGAUCGAGAAAAAUCGUUACGAAACAAGCAACAGUGAUUGAAACUGAUUGUUCGCUUCGAUCACGCUCGCUUACGAUCAUUCAUUUUUGUUGAAGCAAAGUUUUCCGUCACAAAAAAUCUGCGUCAAUGAUCGGGUAUGAUUGAAAAAAUUGUGAUCGUUGCAGCUCUCUGCUAAGCACACAAAUACUCGUAGAAUACAAACGCUAAUGGCAGAAACAUCUUCUCACUUCGCCACGAGCGGCAAGAGUUUUGUUCUCGUUUUCAUUCGAACAAUGUUGCCAUUACUCAAUACGCAUAUGUAGUUUUGUACACAUCUAUGUUUUCAAUUAUAAUUUUUCAUAAUAAAAAAUAUCAAAUCUAAAAUCAAACUAUUAAAACUAGUUUAUAUAUUUAUAAAUAAUAGCAUUCGAUUCUGAAUUUGAGUUAUUUUAAGAAAAUUUCAAAUAUAUUGAAGACAAUUUUUAUAUUUACUACAGUAUAUCGAGCCUGGCAACCCUGCGGUAUGAGAGAGCAAUCAGCUGAUAUGCUGUUUACAAUGCUUACGACACGACACGACAGAACGACAGUGAACUGAAAAUGGCGUUGUGCAUCUUACUACAUGAACAUUCGAAAGAAUGCAGCACGACACGACAGAACGACAGUGAACUGAAAAUGGCGUUGUGCAUCUUACUACAUGAACAUUCGAAAGAAUGCAGCAACAUAACAAUGGCCGGCAUGUACACAAGACAACGCAGUUGUCCAUUUUGCAUGUACACAAUUUCGUUGUGGCCAUACUAAUACCUUGCACUUCAAUAAAAUUUUAACAUUUUGUUCAAAGUGAAAUUUUUUAUGCAAAAAAUAAGUAAAUAGGUAAAUUUAUUUGUUUUAAUUUAUCAAUUGUUAUUACAAAUGGUAAAAUAGAGCUAUUUUAUGCUUUUAUUUGUAAAAUAACGUCAAGUUUGUAAGAGCUGUAAAUAAUUUUACAUUUUACAUAUUAGUGGUAUCACCACUCUUCCUCAUCCCUCUAUCUUCCAUUCUAUUGUCAACUCUACUGUCGUCCUACUGUCGUUGGCAAAUAUAGGAGAAUAUUGAAGUUAGAGAGAACGACAACUGUCGUUGUAGUCGUGUCGUCGUCAAAAUAACAGUGUCCAUAAGAACGUGUGUAUUUUAAUAUUUGACAGAUGUCGUUUGUCGUCUGUCGUCGUAUUGUGUUCAGCACUUGAGUCGUUGGAAAUUCUGGGAAUGGCGGGUGAUAGAAGGGUUGUUGGGUAAUUAUGUAUUUACAUUGCGCUCUCAUAAGAUUCUCUCAUAAACUGAAGUUAUUAUUGAAAUUACUUUUUAUAAGGAAGUUUAAAGAAAUAACCUGGUUUGAAACUUUUUGCUUCGAAAAUUAUAUAUAAGAUAAGAAGUAGGUUAUCUGAUUUAAAUUUUUGUACUUGAUACAAUAAUGCGUGGAGCUAUAGCAAAUGAGAUUAAACCAAACAUAUAAUUUAUUAGACAUAUUAAAAAAAUGAUUACUAAAAUCAAAUAUUUAUUAUACUUUUUGUUAUUUGUCUUACAUUUUAUAAAUUUAUAGUAGUUACAAAGAAUCUUAAAAUUGUUAGGCAAUUUUACUGUUAUUACCCACAGUGCAACUUCCCAUAUAUGCGUGCGCUCUCAUUUGUAAACAUGGUGUGGUAAAAUACGUUGCUCUCACUUCCCUCUUCAUGUUUGCCCGCGAUGAUCCCCUCACCUAGCCCUCAAAAUGUGCACUCGUGCUCGUACGGGCAAAAUGCCACUGAAGGCUGAUAUGCUCAUCCCUGCCAUAUACCAUACAUACCUAGUAUAACUUUCAGUUGACUUUAAGCCACAAAUAUCGGCCAAGGUGGAGGUAUUUUAUUAAAAGAGCAUAUUUUUCUAAUAACAGUGUAUCUUUGUGACUUUACACCAUAUAAUUGAUAUUAUAAAUUUUUAAACAUUGCACACUGGUCGAUUUCAUAGGCCAAAAAUAAAAAGAUAAAAGUUUGAAAUUUACCACUGUUUGUACAAAGCUAUUUCUUAAAAACCAGUAAAGCUAACGAUAAAUACACUUUAACAUACGAAAAGCGAGAGAAGUGAGACAAUAGAAACACGCGGACUUUGAGUGAAAGUAGCUUAAAAAUUAGAUCUUGUAAUAAAUUAAAUUGCAAUAUAAAAUCAUGUUUAAUCGCUAUAAAUCGAAAAGAAUAUUGAGAAGAAAGGUAUGUGUUAAUAUAGUAUAGUAUAAUAAUAUGUUGUUUUAUUAUUUUAAAACUAUUGUUUUAUAAGUGCCCUUUUGAGUGGUAUGUUUUUCUUUAUACAUCGAUUUCAGGUAUACAAAAAGUUGUGAUCCCUGUCUCGCCCUCAAAUGGGUCAAGUUUGCUUAUAUAAGUAAUGUUUUCUAAGUCGAAGCUUUUGAUUUCAGCUGCAACCUUUUGGUCCUCUCUUCGUUAUUCACGUUAUUCUACCAGUCAUGCCAUUUUUGUGUGUUAUUUUUCAUAUUUUUUUCUAUUUACGUGUAUGUAUAUACGUGUAAAUUUUAUUAUUUUUUAUGUUUUUUUUCGUCAUAUAUACUUGAGCUUUGGUUUUCAUUUCAGCAUUCUCUCAUUUUUAUCAAAUGUUUGUUGGCGGAGUUAUAGGCGGGAAAGGGACAUUUUAAAAAGCUUUAGCAAAAGUUUCAUUUUUAUAUAGGCAGUAGAAGUAUGUUUACCCGCUGAUUCCAUACAAGACUGAUCACUGUGCAUCAGGCUGACUUUACUCCAUAUGCAAUAUAUUUAUAUUUAUAUACCGUAUUUUUAAAAUGGCUUGAAAAUAAGUUCUCAAGUAUACCUCAGCAAUUAUUAAUAUAGUAAUAAACUAAGUGAGUGUAUGACUUUGAGUUAAUAUGAUACCAAGUUUGAUUGGAAUCUAUUCACGAUUCCGUCGAACAAAGAAAUUGAAGUACUCACUGAUGUAUUGUCAAUACGUACAGUUUUCUACAAAAUAAUAGAAGUGCCUAUACGAAAAAUGUGUUUUGCUUAAUAAUUUUUUAAAUCACAAUAACGGUACACAUAACGGGAUACUAGCAACAAAAUACAAAACACAUUUUUAUUAUGUUGAUCGCUAUUCUACUUCUACUUUGGUAGUUCUCGGAGACACUUGUUAUUGUUUUCCACAGAGUGUUAGAUAUUUCGUUUUCAAACUCAUCCCUAACAUAAAAAAUAUUCACAAAAUUAGAAAAGUAAGUAUGGGUUCAGAAUCUAGCAACAAUUUUAAUUAGUUAUUGUUUUAUUUAAUCAUUGGGAUUUUCACCAAUGGGUAGAGGAAAGCAUUGUACAGAGGGAAAGCGAGAAAUUACAAAAAAAUUAAGAAAAUAGGAAAAACUUAUAAUGAGAUCCGAGAAAACGUAUAAUGCUCUCCUCAAUUGCAUUAAAAUAUAGGAAUAUAAAAAUUAAACUCGUGGACGAAAGCGCAAAACAUCCCCUGCAGACAAUCGCAAUAUAGUACUCUACUGAAAAAUCAAUCCCGUUGCAUCAAGCAGUAGCAUCCGUGACGAACUACAUUUUUCAAUUAAGUGUUCGUAAGCGUUUGGUGCAGAACAAAUUAUUUGCCAGAAGUCUAUGUACAAUUUGCAAAAGAGAGUGGCUAAAUGGAAAAACAUAUUGUGGUCAUACGAAUUCAAAAUUGAGUUAUUUGGUAAAACAGGCUCUAGGAACUUUAUUCGGCGGUCCAUUUCACUUAAUUAAAGGCUUCAUGGAUCAAAGGGCAUGUGCCAAAAUAUUAGGUGAGGUGAUGUUACCAAAUUCCUCAUGGAAUAUGUCAUUGAUAUGGGUAUAUCAACAAAUGACCCUAAAUAUUCUAGUAAGUGCGCACAAGAAGGUUCAAGGUCAACGCUGUUGAGAUUAUUCGAUGGCCUGCUUAAUCUCCUGACCUCAACUUCAUAGAAAACCUGUGAACCGAUAUCAAGAAAAGAGUAGCUGAAGAGAAACUAACGAAUUCGAAAGAUUUAUGGCAUGAAGUGAAAGAGGCUUAGAAAGGAAUACCAAUAAAACGUGUUCAGGAUCUCAUAGACUAUGCCUUGGAAAUGUGAUGCUGUGUUAAAAAAACCGUGGUACAUAAUAUACUCAUAUUUUUAUGAGGAACUAGUUUUUUAUUUUUUUUUACAGACUGCGAUAUAAAAUUCUGUUAUUUUUUAAUUGAAAUAUAUGAAAUGUUGAAAUAUUAAUAGAUCUUUAGUAAUUUACAUUGUGCAAAAAUUUGAAAAUAAAAAAAUUUUGGUAAUGAACAUUACAAGAUUCGUUUUUCUCAUGUGUUCACUCCUAUUUUUUGUGGAGAACUGUAUAUAUGUAUAUAUGAAUGUUGAUUCAAUUUAAAUUUAACCUAUAAUUCAUAUGUUAGCUUGAAUUAGUUGUAAUACAGUACAUACGCAUAAAAAGUUCAUGUACUCUGUACAAAUUUUUACCAAAAUUAUUUUUAUUAUAAUGCUGGAACAUUGAAGUCUUUACUGCUGUGAAACGUAACACAAACUGUUCUCCUUUCAUGGCACUACAACCGUGAGGCCAUCCGAGCCUAGAACAGAGACUUCCGACGGUUGCUUCUAUCUUUUGCGAGGUCAUGCCAGUGCAGAUAAGUCGCUAUCACAUGGUUCUUCCGUUGAAUGGGUGGGUCGUUUUCCAUACGAACGUCAGGGUCCAACCAGUGUAUUCAUAAGAUUUUAUGCGCUUAAUAUACAGUUAUGGUUCCAUUUUCUUCGAUAUCCAUCGUAUUUUAAAUGUAAACAUUGACUCUGCGGUUCAGAUUAUUAUGUUGAAGAAGACUCGUCUGGUAUCGACUGGAAUGUAGAGUUAUUUCCCGAUUUUGACGAAGGUGAUGGUUGUGCUCAACGUCAUUCUGCGUAAACGGAUGAGUUUCGCAGAGAUACCAAUAAUAGAUAUAGCCUCGAAUAAGCAGUACUGUCGAAAGUAAUUUUGAAGGUGGUGAGUGUUGAUCUAUUUGUCAAUUUACAUUGGUAUUAAGUCUUCUACACAAUACUUUCCUUGCUAAAAUUUUUGAGACGAACUGCUGCUUUUAACGCUCACGUUUUUCUACAUCUUCGUCUUUUUGUUGAAAAGACUUCCACUUUCUAUAUUAAAUUUAACAAAAUAGUAUUAAUUAAAUCCAAAGGUUUGAAUUACAAUAAUUACAGUCAGUAGAAUCGGUUGUUGAAGAUCUCAAAGCGAAACUGCCAAAUGAGAAUAUUACAAAAAAUUUAUUUCUGGACUAUAAUCCUAGUCAGCCUAUGCACACCAUUCUAUCAGUAAUUAAUAACCUUGAGAGACGACAGCCGUAAUUAGCAUUAGCAUGCUUAAUUUGUAUUAACUUGCGCAUUUCAUCCAUGUUAAUGCAAAUUAGUAAUGCACACAAAUUUUUUGCAUUUUUGCUAGUUUUUUACAGAUGUCGCUUAAAGACUGUUGCCUUCUUUGUGUUUAUAGCAUCAGAGGUAAGCAGUUUUUAUAUUGCUAGUUAAAGUAUGCGCAAGUAUAUUAACACAAACAAAUUUUAAUGAUUAAAAGAUGACAGAAAAUAAACAACGCACAGUUUGCUACCCAUUUUCCAAUGUUCUUAACUUUUGUCGCAUACUUUUUUCCCGUUACAAUCAAGUAUUGCUAUUAAUUGCUCUUUAUUAUCUUUUAAUGUAUUUAAUAAUAAACAAUUUUUUUUAUUAAAUCUAUAUUCAUUUUCCAAAAAUACCAAAAUUGUCAUUAAUAAUUUCCUCUUAUCCAUUUUUAUUUCACUUUUUUUAAUAAAUAAACGAAUUUCACAAUCAGCUGACUAAAUGGGCAAUUCUGUCACCAUAGCAUUUCUUAAUGCGCAUUAAUUUAGCUCGUUUGUCAUGGCUAAAACUCUGAACAAAUUUUUAUAAAUACCCACCGUGGCUUAGAAUUUAUGUAUGUAUAUGUAUAUGUAUAUGUAUUUCACGCAAAAUAAGUAAUACUCGUACAACAACUAGUUUAAAUUUUUGUACCACAAUCCAGAAAACCUGAACUAUGCAUCUGUAGUUAGAUAUAAAUGUGUAUAUACAUACAUAAAUAUACAAUACAUAUGCGUUAUUAUAGGCUUUUUCCCUCAAUAACCAAAAUUCACUGAGGAAUGCUGGCCAACUGUAGUCAAUUGUACCUAUGUAUAUGUGUACGUUUCCAUAUACAUAUGUAUGUACAUAUCGCAGAUAUUUUGAAACUAUCAGCAACGAUAGAUUUGUUUAUAGUACGAGUAUAAUUAUGUUUGCAAUUUAAAAAUGUUAUACUUUUUCUACCCCGUAUGUUUUACUUUUAAUUUUGUUAUUCGCCAUAUUUUUCACAGUUCACCAACCAGUGAUCACUCGUCCUUUCUCAUUCUCACUCACAGUGCACUUUUCGUUUACUUAUGUACAUAAGAAGUAUAUCUACGAAUAUGAACACGGUUAAUAGAGUUUUUGAUUUUAAAGUUGCAUUGUAACUACCGUUGUAUAACAUCCCCUUUCAAAUAGCUGCAAUUUAUUUCAACUGCUUUCUCUUCAUUUAUAUAUGUGUCCUUUUUCUGUGUAUACUAAGCCUAAUGUUAAAAAAAGGGGAAGAUGAGAGAUCACGGGCAUGCGCAUUGUUUUGAAUACCCGUUUCAAUGUUAAAAGAACGCGAAUUUCCUUAGUGAAAUGGAAAUAUUUGAUUAACAUUGUUAUCGGUGGUUGCAUCGAGUUUGGCCAAAAUACGGGCAUUAAGUUGUUGGUUAUGUUUGGUCUGUAGUUAUAUUUCAUGCCACUAAAUUUAUUCAGGUUUGUACUUUGUUUUACUAUAAUCUAUACGCUUAAUGUAAUUUUUUUCGACACAUAUUGUGAUUCUAGAUAUAUGUAUGUACCCUAAUCAGUUUAUUUUAUCCAUUCUUAGAAAAUCCUAAUGUAAUAAACUGAUUAAUAGCCCUGACAGACGACAGCGCUAAUAUGCAUUAGUGGGCUUAAUUUACAUUUAUUUGCGCAUUUGACCCAUGUUAAUGCAAGUUUGUAAUGCACAAGAAUUCCGAGUACUUGGUUGAAUUUACUACAUUUGAGUAGGCAACACUGCUCAAAAAUGUCCGAUUUUUGCUAUUUAUUGACAGAUGUCGCACUUUUGCUAUCCAUUUUUCCAAUAUUCUAAAACUUUUUUGCACACUUUUUCCGCAUUACAAUCAAUUAUUGCUAUUAAUUUCACUCUAUUAUCUUUUAACGUAGAUAAUAAUAAACGAAUUUUUUCGUAAAAUUUAUAUUGAUUUUCCAAAAUUACCAAAAUUUCUUUUAAUAAUUUAUCUUAUUCAUUUUUAUUUCACUUUUUUUUUUAAUAAUGAAACAAAUUUCACAAACAGCUGUCUAAAUGCACAAGCCUGCCGUCUAUCACCAUAAAAUUUCAAUUCGCAUUAGCGUUGCUUAAGGCGCAUUAAUUUUGCCCGUCUGUCAGGGCUAUUACAUUUCAUCAUUCAGAGAUGUUUUUACACUUGAAUGAUAAUAAAUAUUUCGAUAACAAAUACAUAUUAAAUUUUCUAUAACAUAGUCAAAAAACAUAAUUAUCAAUAAAAAUAGAUGUUGACUUUGUUUCAUAAUAUUUACGAAAUUUAUGUAAAAUUGAUUUAUUUUUAACCUUUUCGUUUUUGAGUUGCUUACAAAAUAUAAAGAAACGACAAUCGAUUAAUAUCUGUGAUUAUCUCUAUUCAGUAUAUUGGAAAUUGCAGACAAGAGUUCUUUUUAGUUUUGUGACCUGCUAACUACCAGGUCUCAUAUUUGAGGCAAUAUUUUGAGACUAACGCUAGAGACUGUUUAGUGAAUAGUAACUAGUCACAAAUUGAGAUUUUGCCUCAAAAUAACUCAAAUAGAGACUAGAGACUGGUUACAGAAUCCCGCUAUUACAUUUAUUUCCCGUAAUUAAAAACAAAUUGGCAACACCAAACUUUAUUCUUCCUACCUGCCGUUAGAGGUCGCCAUAUUAAGGAUUUAGUGACCUUUGUCCUUAUGUUGUGCAAAGGGCGCUUAUUUGCCUGUAACUGUAAUACACCCAACUCUUUUUUUACACGGAUUUGAAGUCACACGGCUGAGAAAUUUUUUUUUUUGUAAAAAAUGUUUAAUCUACUACAAUUUUUAAAUCACUGUCUUGUAAUUAUGUUUGCCCUUGUUAUCAAGUAGCGACGAAUAAUUAUGUAGCAAUCUAAAUAUUUUUUCCUUAUUUCUAUUCUAAUUUUUCUGUUCUUAGUUCUGGAUUAACAGAUUUCUUUUGUUUUGUGCUUAAUCAACCAAUUUUUCACCUCUAUGAAUUAUGUAUUUUAAGUUGUAAUGCUCAAUAAAAUCCCAUAUGAACAUACAAUUUGUAUGCAUAUCUGAAAUUGUAUAGUUUUCAACAUUUUUUACACGCUUUUUCGAAGUAAAUACUAGUAUAGUUUUUUAUUUAAUCUUACACGCGUUUCGGAUGACAUGGAACGUAUCCCCCCUCUUUUUUUAUAGGAGACGGCUGCUUUUUACACGGAUUUCUGAGGAACGUAUCUACCGUGUAAAAACAGAGUUGGGUGUACAACAACCAGAAUGUAAACCAUAAAUAUGUUGCUCUCAAAGUAAUAGUAGUAUACAUGUAUGUACACAUCGAAGCUAGCAGUUUGGAAGCCUAAUAAUGAUUUUUGUCAAUGAUUACUUACUAGGGGUAUUCUCUUGCUCUUGCAAAACCCGGUGCACGGUGCAAGAAUUGCAGAUUUACAACGGCACAACAACAAACACACGCAGAAAAAUAGUUGCAAGGGCUGUAAAAUAUGUCAGACCAAAACCCAUGUAUAUUUGCGUGCAAUGUCACGCAAAAAUAAAAUUGCAACCCUGUUGUGGUUGCCAUUUUACAUAAAGACAUAUUACGUCUUUAAAUUGUUGAGAAAGGUAAAUUUUAAUUAGAUUUUAUAAUUUCUAUUUAAAUUAUAAAGUUUUGUUACAGUUUUUUUUUUGUUAAAAAUGUAUGCAGAAGCCAAUUCACAAUAGCCAUGCACAAUAGUCAUUUACAAUAAAUUGACUGAAUCAGUCGCUCAUAUAUCACUAGAUUCUGCAAUGGGUGCUCUCGUGCCCUUGUAUAUUUCGGUGUAGUAUUUUUGCAAUCUGCAAUCUUGCAAGAGCAAGAAAAUACCCCUACUGUGUGUUCAUACACUGAUUGUACUGGUAAUCGGGUCAUCUGUUAGUUUUGCAAGUAUUCGUAACAUCUGAGAACUAUAACUCAUGUGUACGCAUAGUUGUUAACUUUUAAAUUACAAUAAGCGCCAAAACGGCAUAGUCAUGAAACAUUUUGCAUUUGUUAAAAGUAAAAACACAAAACAUGCACAUAACGGACAAAUCAUUUAGUAUUUGUAAUCUGUAAAAUUUACAAUAACUAAGUCUCCCUAUAAUACUAAAAAUCACAACUGAAUUUCAACUGUUGUUAAGUACUUAAUAUUUUUGUUAAAUACUAAUUAUUGUUUGCUACGAUAAUAUAACGAUCAUAACGAAUCUGUAUAAAAAUGUAUUUAUGAAACAAGAUCAAGAAAAAGCUGUAACUUUGGCUGCACAAAAGCAGUAAGCUGUCUUCGAUUCGCCAAUUAUAAGCGUUUUCUCUUUUGUCAAAAAAAAUUAAAAUUAAUUAAAAUACAAAUUUUUUUCUUGCAUUACUUACGACUCAAAAUCCAUUAUUUAUAGAAAAGAAAAAGCGUCAUGCGUCAGAAGACAUGUUAGCGCAGUGUUGCACCACAAGUGCUGAUCGUUUUUAUGUCUUUUUAAUUAUAAACGUUUUCCAUACAGAAUAUGGAUAUGGUGAUGGAUCAGUUCGUAUGGCAGCUAUCAGUUAUAUGUAUGUCCGAUCUGAACCACUUAUUCGGAGAUUGGACCAUUGUUUUGGACAAUAAUUCCUGCCAAAAUUCGUGUAUAUACAAUUGCAAAAUAAAUCAUCAUCAAAGCUUUCCAUCAAAAGACACGAUUUUGACCGACUAGAUUGUAAGGCAGCUAUAUGAUAAAAUAGUGGGAUAUGGGCAGUUCCAACAAAUAAACAGCUUCCAGACAGGCAGAUGGUAAUUGCUAACUCUACUCAGUUCGUCAUGCUGGUCGUUUAUAUAGUAUAGUAUACCAUUACAAGCUUCAUAAGGGUAUAAGAAGAACUGAGAAGGACAUUGGGCACUAAACCAUAUUUUAGGGUGAUUUAAUUUUCAAAAGAAAAUAGAAGUACGUUUUCAUAAGUUUUAGCCAGUUUGGUAACUUGAAAAUAUAUAUGUGUGUAUAGUACCAACAUAGUGGGACUGUUAGGAAGCAAAAAUAAAAAAACCAAACACUUCGACAUUAAAAUUCUUCACAUUUAUUUUGAGAAUAUGUAUGUUAAAAAUUUUAGUACAAAAGUUGUAGAGGGUUACCUAUAACUUUGCCAUGUAUGUUAAUUUUUUUCUGAAGGACUUGUUUGCAGGAACCAGGAACCGCCAGGAGAGGGGCAUCCUUCCUUUUCGCGAACUCAGAUCGCCCCUAUAUUAUUUAGUUUUUCAUGUUUGCUAUUUUGCCUUUCGUUUGAAUAGGCUUAAUCAAACUAUGAUUUUAAUACUUAUAAUAUUUGGUGCCUUACGGUCCAUUUAGCUCUUAUACACUAAGCGAAAUAGUUCUAUUGGACAAACCAAUUAAAACUCUAGGCAUUCGCCAAAUUCAGCGCUCCCUCUGAACUUAUAUUGCCUUAAUUACAAAACGUAUAACUUUUGAAAAUAAUUAAGGUCAUCCUGAUCAAACCAUCCCUUUAUAAAAAAUGAAGAUUUCUUAAAAAUGAAGAUUUGACAUAUAAUUAAGCAGCUGAAUAUUUUGAAAUGGUAAAUAAAAAGAAUUCAAUUCUGUUAUUGCUCACGAAUAGGUGAAUAAUUAUUAAAAAGAGGAUUCGCUUUUACUUAUAUAAUAUUACGAUGACAAUAAUGUUUGGAACAAAAUUGGUGUGCUGCACACAAGAAAAAGCUAGUCAGUCAAAUUCAUUUGAACUUCUUAACAUCAGGUAAGCCAACGUUUUGCAAAUUCAAACGAGGUUAGUACAAAAACUGUUGCUAAUUUUGAAUUUUCGGCUUCGUGUAUUCGAUUUUCGAUUGUUUUGUUGUAUGUAGUCGGCCAUUUUGAAUAUUUAGUUUAUUUUUGACAGCUGUUUUGCUUGAACGCGUUUUGGUCCGUCUUUUAUACUCGUAUUGCAUAUUCCAACAAAUGAAUCAAAAUAUUUUCCUCAGGACGUUGCUAUGCUACGAGUGAGAAGUUAAAAUUACUUUUCAAUUUCUUUGAAGAUUGGAAAAAACGUACAUUCGUUAAGAAACACAAAAUUCGUAAUACUUUCUGAACAAACAUUGUAAGUUAUUGUCGUUUACAAAAUGAAGCAUUUUUAUUAUAAACUAGCUGACCCCGCAGCCGUUGUCCUGCGUGAAAUUAUGUAGUUUGAAAUGAAAAGAAAGUUAAAUUUAUCAUUUCAUUUUUUUCAAUGUAAUGCAGCUUUAUAAACAACAUUUUUCGGUCUCUGUUCCGGUGUACAGAAAAGAUGGUUUUCCAACUAGUGAGCACGCUACGGCCAUGUGGAAAACAUAGCAUUUACAAAAUUAUGCUUCACACUAUGCGACUAUCUUUAGGUGCUGUUGACUGUCAUCUUAAAUUCAAUUUUCCCUGGAAACGGAAUACGUUUGAACUGAACUGAACUCAAAGGAAUUCGUAGGAUCAAGCAUUCUGUCCCUUUGUACUCGAUAGGUGCGUCACAAUCAGUCGGGUUCCAUUACACAGUUUCGGCACAUGAAGAUUGGGAAACAUAAUAACGACAGAUCCUACUUUGAGACGCAAAUGAUGCGGUAUCAUACUAAGCCUGUCCAAAGAAUUUAGGAAUACCAGUGAAUAAUUCACGGCGUCGUCUUCAUAGUCAAGACGAUCGAUCGAUUUGUAUGAGCGCAAGUCUCCCGGAACUUGACUUUGAAUCUUCCAGUUGAAGUCAACAACAUCAGUAUUUUUGGCAGCUAACAUUGUGCGUGCACUUAAGGAAUCGUAGUUAUGAUAAUUUGGCCAAUGUCCGAACAUUUGUGAUGAGUUCAUCCUUCGUGAAUUGAUAAAAGGAAGAUGGAAUUGAUAUCGAACCACCGGAAGUAACAACCGAAAUUGAACCAUUUCCAAUUUUUAGCGAAGACGAUGUAAAAUGUCUUUGACAAUGUCGAGGUUUAUAUCGAAAAGUAUGCGAACUUCAUUUUCAUUCCAGUGAUUACCGUGUUCCAGCAUUUUUAAUUGCUGGCUUACUUCUCCAAAACUUGCACAUAUUCCCAUAUACCAUUCACAGUAAGCAAUGACUCAAAUAAAGUUGAACCCCGUACAUUAAUCAAUAGCAACCGAAGAUAGAAACAAUCAUCGUUUUUUGGGUGGAUUGUGUAAAUUCGUCCUAAUGCAUUAGUUGAUAAGACACCUGGAUGUCAAUCUACUGGUUGGCUUUGCUUCCUGCGUAACUAUUCGACGAUGCAUUCCAUGUACAAUAUCAAGGUAUUUUCGGAUAGAGCAAUGUUCUCACAAACACAUCACUGACGAAAGUUAAGAAAAAACUUGUCAAUGUUAAUUUUGUUGCUGGCGAUGUUUCAACUGGCUGUACUGUAUUCUCUGGGAUGAAAUACACUCUUUGGCCAUUCUCCAAAUUAACUGCGAGACGCACAACAGUCGGAAAACGUUCAUGAAUUGCAAAACUAAAUAUCCUACAAAGCGUUUUAUUGCAGUUCACGUAUCGACCGUAUCGUUCAAGACCAAUAAUCGCCAUGUUGCUUCCUUUGGUGACGUACUUACAAACGUAUUUUAUCGAUUACACCAAACUGCAAUACUCAACAUUGACAUGAAUUUUGAAUGUGAAUAAGACAACAGUGGCGAAUAUGGUAUGGCCCAUGUGUUGUCAAUUUCGAUACUCACGCCUCUAAAUUGAAUGCUAAAUGUUCUGCCAUUGUCGUCUGGUGAGCAACGCCGACAGAGUGGAUAUCCAUCAUUUCUAGUUUGUGUUUCCGAAAGAAAAGUACGUGGAUACUGUUUCGUGCAUUUAUUGACAGACAUUCAAACCGAAGUGGGGUUGUGGUGUCCGCAAGGUCCAUGAACCUUAUUGGUUUUCAUCACUUCGUAUAAUAGUGGAUCUUUCCUUGCAUCAGGAAUUGUCGCAUUAGUGAAUGAUUUCAUCAAUUUGAUCUGGUUACACUUCCACCAUCCUAAGAAGAAUGUGUGCGUGCGGCAAACCUCUCUUUUGCCACUCAACAGAGUACAUCUAGCAUCUAACAGCACCAUAUAUGCGUUGCUUCAAGAUAAUGUCCAUCGAAGCUGUUGAAAAGUUUUGCUAUGACAUCGUGACGAUCGCUUUCUGAUUGAUCGCGACCCAUAAUACCACACGUAUAUCAUCGCAUACUGGGAGUACCCGUUCAUGUGGCUUGGGCUGCUAAUGUAUGUUGAUGCCAAAAAGAACGCCGACCGAUAUAAGCGCGACCUCUUCAUGGCAUCGUGACAAAUUUCAAGCUGUAAUUGAUCACUUUGUGUGAAAAACACAUAACAUUUUCACGGAAUAGUUUUCAAAAAUUUUUGAAGCAAACGCCAAUUUUGAAAGAUUUAAAUAAUUGAAAAACAAAACCAAAAAAUUGAAUAAAAACAUUUGUAUGGAAAAAAUUAACUUUUUGGAAUUGUUCAAUUUUCCGACUUUUCCUCAUGAAAAACAUACAGGUUCUUUAUUUCUAAACCUUUCCCAAUGCACGACGAACAACUUCUUAAAAUUUCAUCAAUAUUGGUUCAGCCGUUCUCUUAGCGUUACUAACGAACAAACAUUCAUUCAUUUGUAUGAGAAAAAGAAAAGGGCUGUUUUCAGGGGUUUUCCGGCAAUUAUUCGAUUUUUUUUCUCCGCAGAAACCAUCCCUGAACCUCAACGAACAUUAUAAAAAAAGAAUCAUCAAAUUUGGUUCAGUCGUAUGAAAGUUAUGAGCGUACAUACACUUUUGUUAAAAACAAAAAUCAAUAUUUAUCCAUAUAAAUGAGGUGGUGUGGUAUCGACCAGAUUUUAUCUAUUAACAGUUAUCAUGCACAUACUAAAAAGAUUUUCCCUAAGUUUCAUUAAGGUACCUCAAAUACAAUCACCAAUAAUAUGGAAUAAAGUCAGCCAGAUGUCCGAAAAUCCUAACAUUAGUUACUUUUGGGAUCGGUCAAAUGUUAUUUACUAUUUUGGCCAGAAAGAUACACUGUUAUGAGUAAAACACGCUCUGUAAUUUUCGUUGUGAUAACUCAAAUAUUGGCCGAUAUAUCCAGUAUAGUAUCACCCGGAAGUUCGAAAAUCUUUAUAGGAGGUAUAUGGGGUUGCUUUUGCCAGGAAAGGAUUCUGCCUAAAUUUCGAUUUUAUAUCCCAUACAUUGACCGAUACUUUCGAUCAAAAGUCAAUUAUAUAUACUGUAGUCCACAUAUUUUGUACCCAAUGGCUUGAACAGUAUUUGUUGAACUUGGGCAAUUUUAGAUCAUAAGGUGGCAUACUUUAAAGGAAUUAUUAGUGCAAAAUUGUAUCCCGUUAUAUUAAUUGUUUCUUGAUUUGUGUACAGGAAAGUAAAAGAAUCAAGUAGAUUUUAAAAUGUGUUAUAUAGAAAGUAGGCGUGGUUGCUGUCGGAUUUCACCCAUUUUCACUGUGACAUAGCUAUAUGAGAAGAAUGCAAUGUACUUUAUUUAGUAGAAAUCGGUCUGUCACGCCGUAUCCGUAAUAUUUGUGGCGUAAUUAGUUAUUGAUUUAUUACGCUUUUAGUAGUUUUGAACAGUACCGUUAUAAGGGGAUCGAGCGGGGUUAUCUUCUGAUAUCAGCCAUUUGAGCACUGCGGUAAGAGUUCUUAUAGGAUAAGUGGUGGGCAAAUCGGUUCUUGUACCUUUAGUGGCUUAGUACAUUAAACCUAUUAGAGGGCGGAGCCAUACCCACUUUUUCAAAAUUUUUUGCCCACAGCUGCCUUUUGCUACUGCUACCCCUUGGAACAGUUUUAUAUCUUAAUUUAGUGCAUAGUUACGGCUUUUUAUGGGUUUGCGGUUAAUAGCGAUUUGUUGACGUGGCAGUGUUCCGAUUACGCCCAUCUAUGAACUCGUAAUUAAGGAACCUGUGUACCAAGUGUCAUUAAGAUAUCUCAAUUUUUACUCAAGUUACAGUUUGCAUACACAGACGGACGGACAGACAGAUAAUCACCCGGGGCUCAACUUUUCUCGUCAUCCUGAUCAUUUAUUUAUAUGUAACGCAUAUCUAUCCCGUUUAGUUUUAGGUGUUACGUACAACCAUUGGGUGAACAAAACUAUUAUGCUCUGUAGCGACCGGUUGUAAAUAUAUGAAAACAUUAUCACAACCUCGCCGUUUAUUUGCUGUUGGUAGUUAUCAAGAAUGCAUUUUAGGCAAUGGGCUGACAUAGAGUAAUAUUUCGUUCUCUCCGAAACAGACAGGGUCGAUUGGUAUCAAUAAUGCAGAAAUUAAAAACUUUAACCAAAAUGCAGUUAUGUUGAAAACUCUAAUAGGGAACGUAAUUAUAAAGAAAUUAAUAUAAUGAGUAGUACAAUAAAAAUUAUUUUCCAUUUUGAACGAUAUCAACGUGGGUCGGUCUUUUAUAUUUCGGGUUAAAAAAACAAAAACAAAUUUUAAUCAUAAAAGAGCUUUAUUUUUCUUCUUUACUGGCGUAGAUACCGCUUUCGCGAUUAUAGCCGAGUUGACAACAGCGCCCAAGUCGUUUCUUCUUUUUGCAAGGUGUUUUAGCCGUUAUCUUUUAAAUCAAUGAACUAUGUAAAUGUAGUCGUAUAUCUCAUACAGCUCAUCGUUCCAUCUAAUGCGAUAUUGGCCGUGGCCAACGCGCAAAGGAGUAAAAAUCUUUCGCAAAACCUUUGUGUCGAAAACUCGUAACGUCUACUCAUCAGAUGUUGUUAUUGUGCAGUAUAUAGCAGGACGGGAAUAAUAUCAAUAUCAACGGUGUACGUCAGCAGCUGUACAUUCUUAUAGAAGAUUUAGUUCUGCAUCUUGAAUUAUUUUCUACACGAGUAGAUUGAAGAAGUCGCACGAAAGAGAUUCGCAUUGUCUAAAACCUCGAUUGGUAUCGAACGGCUCGGAGAAGUACUUCUCGCUCCUGACGGAGCUUCUUGUAUAGCUCUACAUCUGUUUACAUAGCCGUAAGGGUUUUGCAAGGCUGCUCCUUUUCGUGCUCUCAAAAGCAGCUUUAAAAUUGACCAAGAGGUGGUGUGGGUCGAUUCUCUUUUCACGGGUCUUUGCCAAGAUUUGGCGCAUGGUGAAUAUCUGGCCGGUUGUUGACUUUCCAUGCCUAAAGCCACACUGAUAAGCUUCAAUCAGUUUGUUGACGGUGGGAUUUAAUCUUUCUCACAAUACGCUCGAUAAAGCCUUAUAUGCGAUGUUGAGGAGGCUUAUCCCACGGUAGUUGGCGCAGAUUGUGGGGUCUCCUUUUUUAUGGAUUGGGCAUAGCACACUUAAAUUCCAAUCGCUGGGCAUGCUUUCGUUCGACCAUAUUCUAAAAAGGAAUGCAUGCUCUUUAUAAGUCUUCGCCGCCGUGUUUGAAUAGCUCGGCCGACAAUCCAGGCAAGCCCAAAAAACCAAUUUUCCAGAAAUGAGAAAGCUUUUAAAUUUAUUGAUCCAAAAAUUUGUAGACAUAUUUUGGCAUCUUUUAACGAUAUUUUAGGACUUAGUAUUAGUAAUAAUAUUUUUUUGGAAAGAAACAAUAGCUGAUCUCCGGGAGCUCCUCUCAUAAAAGACGUUUUGCAGUGACCCCUACAUCUCUGAACUGGAUCCUCUGAAAUUUAAAAACCACGAAGAUUUCGUUUAAACCUUUUGACAAAAUAACGGUUUAUAAAAAAAGUUUCGACAAAAAUUCCGGCCUUAAGUUUAUAAAAAAAUUUUUUGGUAAGAAAGAAUCUUCGAAUAAUUACUAGAAAAAUAUAUUUCAAAAAUUCGUGUGACAAUUUGAGACUAAUCGGCUAAAUUGUUUUCGAGUAAUGUUGGUCACCGACUUUGAAAGCACCAUUUUGAGAAAAAACGCGUUUAAAGAAUGCACUUCCGAGCACUCUAAAUUUCAAAUUUGCGCUAAGCGUACAAAAGAGUUUUACGUGCUGAAAAAUUUUCCUGUGCUAAAGUGGCCAACAGUCAGUCCAACUGCAGCUCAAAAAGCAAUGCAAUAAAAUUGGCAAAGAUCGACCUCAAUGUCUUUAAUGUCCGUCUAAUAUCAGUCACAAUAAAAAACGAAGGGCAUACAAUUUAACUUACUUUGAACAUUUCUAAUUUCUUCCAAAGUUAAGGCUUCUACAAUAAACAAGAAAGGAAAGGCUAAGUUCGGGUACAACCGAACAUUUUUUACUCUUGCAACUUGCAAAAAUCAAAGCCAGGAAAAUACACUGACCGACAUAUUCGACAAAAUGCUUGUUAGAAAACGAAAAUCAUUAUAAUAUGUAGUAUUUGGAAGUAGGGGUAGUAUUGACUACUUUUCGCAAACCCACAUACUAUCAACAUGUCACAUUCUUAAUAAUCAAUCAUAUAGAGUAAAGUCAACCGGAUGUUCGAAAAUCCUGAUAUUACUUAUAGGGGCUAGGCCAAGUUUUCGCUCAAAUUUAUCUAUUUUAGACACAAAGAUACACUAUUAUGAGUAAAACACGCUCUCUUAUUUAAUUGGGAUAACUCACAUAUUGACCGAUAUAUGUGUUACAAAGUCGUCAGGAAUUUCGAAAAUCUUUAUGUACAGGGUUUGUGCGGAAAAUAAUAGGACUGGAUUUAAAACUAUUUAUUGAACCAAUAGUUACAAUUCUUUAAACACUUUCAAAAUAGGUUCCUUCUGCGUCGAUGCAGCGCUGCCAGCGCGAUUUCCAAGUAUUGAAGGCGCCCGUAAUUGCUUUGAGAGCCGACAUGCAUGUUGCUUGGAUCCCCUCUGUCGUCUCAAAAUGCCUCUUUGCCUCGUGAAGAUACUUUAAGAUCCAUGACUCGUCACCUGUGAUUACGUUAUUCAAAAAUUGCGGGUCGCUUUCACACAUGUUUAAAUUUUCUUUGCACAUUUCCACUCGCCACAAUUUCUGGUCGUCAGUGAGCACUUUUGGGACCAUCUGUGUGAACACCUUGCGCAUGUUCAAAUGCUGACAAAGCCAUGAACCACAGAUUUUGAUAAAACUACUUUCUGGGCAAUUAAACGAAUACUUAGUCAACGGUCUGAGUUCAAAAUUAUGCGCACACGAGUCACAUUGCUGGUGUUUGUCGAAGUCGCACCUUUCUUCACCAGCGACUUUUCCUGGCCCUGCAAAAAGGCCCGGUGGCACCGAAACACACCACUUCUUGCUAAAGCAACAUCUGGGUAAGCCUGUUUGAUCAUAUCAAACGUCUCUGUGGUAGAUUUACCGAGUUUCACACAGAACUCAAUCACGUACUUCUGCUCUAACGAACGCUACAUUUUCGGCUUGCACUACUCACAGAAACACGUCGCGCGACCUAAGGAAAGUAUUGGUUAAAUGUCAACUUUAUAACGGGGUCUAAAUAUUCGGUACCUAGGGGACCUGGUGGUUAUAAGGUGCCACACACUGAAAAAGUGAUUCGGUAUUGAUUUAUUGCCAUUUUCGUAGUUUUUAACAGUACCGUUAUAUUUUGGAUGGGGUCAUAUUCCGAUUUUAUUCAUUUUCACGCUGUCGGUAGAAGUUCUUAUAAGAUUUGUGCUUAUCAAAUUUGGUUGUUUUAGCUUAAGUGGUUUAGGCGAUACAUAUCGCUCAUUUGCUGCAAGACCGGCAUAAAUCAAAAAACGUGAUUUUUGAGUUAAUGCUGCAGAAUUGUUCGUUAUAUCAUACUUCAUGUUGAGUGAAAAAUUCAUAUGAAUACCUCUUAUAUGCUCCGCUUGAGAAGAGGUGUAAGGUUGGAGUCACCGUGUAAGGUUGUAGUCAGUUGAAAACUUUAAACGCGUUUUCUGGAGAAUCGAUUUUUUUGACUUAUGCCGGUCUUGCAGCAAAUGAGCGAUAUGUAAAUUAAACUUGUUAGAGGGUAGGGCCAUGCCCACAUUUUCAAAGAAUUUUGCCCAUAAGUGCCUCUUGCUACUGCGAUCCUCUGUAUUUACAGAUUCAAAUGUCGUAACCUGCAAGACUAAGUAAUGUAAAAUUGUUUAUAAACCCACCAGCAGAAGGAAUAGUUUAUUUUCUAAAGAUUUAGUUAUGAGUUUAUAUAUACAUACACAUAUACUAAUUUGAAAUUUCUACUCCGAACCUGCUUUAGCUAAUAUUGUUUGUCUGAUCUGGCAACGCAGUGAAAUAUUAUAGCUGUUGCUUCCACGUUACUUGUAUUAUAUUUUGUGUCUGCUGUAUGGUCAUAAUAAUCUUAGAUUGAUAUGGGUUUAUUAAUUUUGUGUGUUCUAAUUUGAUGUUGUAAUAAGCACGACGGACUGUGCGCAAAGCUAAGAUUUAGUAAGAGAAAGUGCUGUUGAUAAUUUUAUCUGCUAAAUUUUGCGAUGCUUUUAACCAAAAUAGUGUGCUAAUACACAUACAGCAUAUACGCAAAAUCAGUGUUUGUGUGCAUUCUGACACACAGAUGAUGUCAUUGCUCGUUACUGUCGCUACCGAAAUGAGUGUGCAGGCGCAAGUUAAGUUUUAAUAUUAUUGUCAUUUAUUGCGUUUAAGCAAAAGAUAAAAUGUGUGCUGCUGAGCGACAACAAUUGAGAUACAGUUGAGCGAGCGAAUGAACGAGUAACCGAAUGCAGCGCCGAAACUGCCAAACCUAAUACAACUUAUCUUGCCAUAAAAUUUAAAUAAAGUAAAGGACAAAAGUGUGUAAAAAGUAAUGAAGAAACAACGGUGACGCAGUGCCGAGCGCGAAAAAUGUGUACUGUUUUUAUUGCUAUCACUGUGUAUACAUAUAUCUCGCGUUUCGAUAGUCGCAAAAUAUUUGUAUGUGACUGGUGCGGCUUGGGCAACGGGCGUGCGUGUGCGAAGUAAAAUGUUAAUGUAUUGCUCAAAAAAUGUGAAAAAUCCAUAGGAAAAAGUAUAGUAACAAACAUUUAAAGGAAGAAGGUUAUACCCAAAUGCUUGCUUAAAAAACCGAAAAUUCCUAAAACCAAACUGCAAUUGUGAAAAAAAUCAAAAGGAAGGAGGAAAUGCAGUGAAAAUGUGAAACUCAAGCGACAAUUUCAAAACCAAGGAAAACUAGUAACAAAACCUAUACCUUUAUGAGUAUAAUGAAGAACAUAUAAAAGUACAAAAAGGUUAACAAUCUCAAAUACUACUAGAACCAGGUUCAAAAGCCAAUUAAAGUGUAAUAUAAUAUCAAGCAAAUUAUAAAGGAGCUCAACUGGUCUAAUUAACAUUGGAAAAGUUGAUAAAAGCUCCUGUGCAUACAUGUGUCGCUGUUUUCCAACGCCGUCAACGCUUUUACCGAUUUUACUAAACGAACCUGACACAAAUAAAACAACCACGCAGUCGCAGUCAUCUGUAGAUUCCUUAGAACGAUCCUGCGCUGAUCCCAUGGCUAUGGCCGCACAUACGUUAUUAGUUGCAUCCACCGACUAUGUUAUGCCUACGACUGAUAGCAUCAAAAACAAUAACAAUGAUGAAGUCAGAAAUUCAAAUAUAAACGUGCUAAACCAGCAAAACAAAUGCUCUGUUAGUAAUAAUAUAGACCAAGUUAUCCCUGCAAGUGAAACGUUAAAUUCUUACCCGUCGGUCCAUGUUUUACCAAUUUUAGUAGAUAUGCACUCUUCUCAUGAUGACAGCCUAAAACUAGCUGCAUCACCGGUGCAGAGUAAGUCCUUUUCAGAAGACAUAACCGAUAUUGACCACAUUUAUGCAUGCGAUAGAGAUUGUAUAACUAAGCAGCUUGUCGAUGAAAAGCUAUGCAGUUCAACAGAUUUGAGCGGAUCUCCUGGUCACGAAACCAAUACUCAUAAAUUGCUAACUAAUCACACUCGUUCAUAUUUUGAGCAUGACUUUAAACAGCAAGUAGCACCCGUUGUACUUAUUCCUCAAGAUCAUCACCCCCAGCACCAGCAAAAAUAUUCGCAAACUCAAGUAACUCAAGCCAACAAUGAAGUCAUAAACGGUAAAGAAAUUGAUAUUACAAAUAGAGAGCACCAGGCGGUAAAUAGUAAUAAUGCCAGUGCCAAUGGAGGUCUAUGUGGUACAUCGAGUGAAACUAAUGUCGUCGAAGCUGACACACGAAGAAAUAUUCCGGUCCUUGAUGUGCUGCUUAACGACGAGCAAUCGAAAAAUAUGUUUAAACAUUUGUCACCACCUAAGAUGGGUUUAGCGCAAGAGAGUACACACGUUGUAGCCGUGCAGAAAAAUAUUGGUCCAAAUGCGGUUCCUGUUGGGCAAGAUAAUUUUCCACCACCUAACGAUUGUAUAAUUCCCGUCGGCAGUUCUACUUUUUUAUAUGAAAAAGAGAGCCAGCUCCUAACUAAACUCUUUGCUACAGAUCUGGUAAUACCAAAAUGUUAUACACCAACAAGUGCGGUAAACUGCUUUCAUGUGGAUGCCGAAGAUAUUGGCGGCCCCAACAAAUCAGGAAACCGUUCGCAGCAUAGUAACGAUAUGUUAGAUAAUGCAAAAGAAAAGCAUGAUGUUGACUUAAGUAUGCAAAGUGCGCGCUCUACUUUACCCUCUACUGAGGCCACCAAACAGUUAAACGUACCUCCCGCGGCACUUAAUUUGCUAACAGAAAUACUUUUGCUCCAACAAGACUAUCAGCACAAACAGCAGUCAGAACUACUAGGAUCGGCUCCAAAUAAUGCUAAUAUUGCAACUGCUUUACAGAAGGAUCAACUGCACAUGAAUAAGUUGUCGACGGCAUCUCCGCUGUCAGCACCUCUGGCGCUCCCAUUUCCUUUCCAAUUACCGCUUCCAUUGUCAUUGUCCCUUCCUCUGCCGCUGCCGUUACCACUGUCAAUGCCACCUAUGCCAAUUCUUGAUAACACUAAAAAUAUUAACAGCAGCAAUUCGAUUUCGAAACAGUAUAAUUUCGAAGAGCCGGCGUUCCUAACAGGCGAUUCAACUGACGAAUGUAAAGAUCAGAUUUAUUUGAAAUCUAAGCACGAACCAGCAACACACCGCGAGCACCAGCAAAAAUCAACGGCAUCUUCACAGCAACAAGCUUCGAACCAUUUUUUAACUACACAAUUUCUGUAUUCGCGUCUGUUACCCGCACUAGCCGAUAAUUUGAGGGAACGGGAUCUCCAUAUGAUAGACUGCGCGCCCAGUAUUUCGAUGCUAAACACGCUUGCAAGCAGUACAGAACCUUCCGAAAAUGAUAGUAAUAACAAUCGAAACAAUUUGCCAAACGACAACAGUGAAAACGUUGAUACCAAGUCAGCGUUUGAUACCGUAACUCUCUCUCCAAAGCAAAUCAACACACAAUACACGAGUACACCCAAUUUACCCACCGACAUCAGCAGGACCGACAGGUUUAGUUCCAUACUGACAAACAAAAAUGCAACUAGUACAAAUCUGAGUGGUACUGAACUUUUAUCUGCACAAGAGGCGGCGCUUACGCAAGCCCAAAUACAACUUGAUAAGUAUUUAGGGCUUAGCAAUCAGUUUAUUGAGCUCACACAAAACAAUUUAACAAUAUCUGAAAAACUUACUGCGCACAUUGUACCACACGUGUGGGAGAACAUGCAGCAAUCUAAACAAUUAAUUCAUUCAACACAGACGCAGUUGAGUUUACUUAGGCGACAAUGCGCCAGCGCAAAGUUUUACUACGAGCGAACGAUGCGUCGGCUGUACUCAAGCGAUUAUAAGUAUCUGUCACAGUUACAAGAGCGUAAAAAACCCUCCGCAUAUUCAUCAUCCUGGUGUCCGAAUAACAUUGUAACUCGGGCAGCAGUAAUUGCAGCAAUGGCGGCUGCGUCGGAAUUACAGCCACUGCCGACAAAUACUUUUGUUAAAACGGAGUGUUCUAUUAGUGGUAAAAGUGAAAUAACCGAUAAAGAAUGUGAGCGUGCUUUAGAUAAAAGUCAGACAUUGUUAGAAAUAGAGACUGUUAUUGAGCGUUACGUUAAGGCGGUAUGCAAAAAUAGUGAAGAUGCAGACGCAGUUGCUAAUGAGAUUAGCGGCAGUGACUUCGAGCCGAGAUCUGAUGAUAAUUAUGCCAACACAAGAACUGCUGUUUAUAGUUCUUCAGGAAUAGCAAAUAAUUAUGAUGGGGAAUGUGAAUUUGAAUGCAAUGCGAAUGUAAAGCGUGGUAAUAAAACAUCACCACCCUUCACUGUUGGCAGCAAUAAAAACUGGCGAUUGUUAGAGGCAUCGUCUCCUAUCUGCUUUUGGCAUCCAGAUAAUCGAGGGCUGAGCGUAAAUGAAGGCGUGAUUUCUGCUUCCGAAAUUAUACUGGAAUGUGCUGCAUUAAGUGUUCAAGCGCAUAUGCAAGACUCCUCUAUUGUUGUAAACGAAAUGGUUGGUGAAAGAACGUCUACCACCUCACACGAAUGUGAACGUGGUGCAAUAACUGAAAAUUCUGAGCAUACGACUACGGACGGUGAAACAUUUCAAGGCUUACUCCUAAGAAGAGUUCUAAACCAGCGCUCAGGUUCCUACAAUGGCGAUCAUGACACUGAAGUAAUCAAGAAUACAAAUAACGAAAAAAAAGAAAUACAACAAUCACCUUCAGGUUCGCCAAUGGCCGUGAAUGCCACAAACUCUCCUAACAUGCUGACACCAACGUCCACGCCAACUACUACACCGACGCCGCCCAACAUAAGUGCUGCUGUUGUUGGAAAAAAUCAUCGCAAAUCAAAUUAUGCUCAUCACCUCGAACCAUCAAUCAGCCCUGCAACUACAAACUUAACUCACAAAAAGGCUUUAUUUUAUGAACAAUCGAAUUCUCAAACGCUUAGACAAUGUUACAGCAGCAACAAUGGCGGCGAUAUUGCUAACAAUAAUACUAACGAUAUCAACAUGGACAACAAAAUUGAAUCAAGUAAGAAACUUGAGGCUCUGCAAGUUAUUCAGGCAACGUCGGAAUCACCGGCUUCACCUUCAGUGGCAGUAAAUAUUGGGCAUAACAAAAAAAAUCACCAACACCAACAACAGUAUACGCUUCAUCAGCCACAGCAGCAGCAGGCAGCGUUCAGUGGUUGCAGUAGCAGCAGCACUGGCGGUAGCGGCAGCGGUUGUUUAUAUGGUCUAAAUGCUCCAUCAUCUAGUACUAACAGCGGAAAAACUACAGCAGCAGUGGCGGCAUUGCAGGAACGCGCUUUUGCCAAUAUUUUUAAGGCACGUUUUAACGCGCUAACGGCUGCAGCUGUAAUGAAUGCUACAGUGGGUAUUUCGGCGGCUGCUGCCGCCGCAUCCGUAAUAGAUGGACCGUAUGAUUUAAGCAUCGGCAGAAAAGCUAAUCAAGCAAACUUAGAUAGUAAAAUAUCAACGGCUAAUCCACAAGGAAAUGAGUGCAAAGACAAUUCGAAUGAGAAGAAGAAACCGCAUAUCAAAAAGCCACUGAAUGCGUUCAUGCUCUACAUGAAAGAGAUGCGAGCCAAAGUUGUUGCCGAGUGCACUUUGAAAGAAUCGGCUGCGAUAAAUCAAAUACUUGGUAGAAGGUGGCAUGAACUUAGCCGUGAAGAGCAAAGUAAAUAUUACGAAAAGGCGCGACAAGAGCGCCAAUUACAUAUGGAAUUAUAUCCAGGGUGGAGCGCACGGGACAACUACGGCUAUGUUUCGAAAAAGAAAAAGCGUAAAAAAGACCGUUCACCCGCGGAUUCGGGAGGUAAUAAUAUGAAAAAGUGCCGUGCUCGAUUUGGUUUAGAUCAACAGAAUCAGUGGUGUAAGCCCUGCAGUGGAAUUUCACAUUUUUACGGAGUUUACAAUAGAACGGAAAAUACAAGAAAUCUUCGCGUUGGCGCAAUGCUUUCCAAUACAUGUAUUUAUGUACAUAGAAAUACAUACACACACAUAAAAGUAUGGAUUAAUUAUCUCAUCAGAGGACAGACCUUAUUUUAUACAUUAAUUUUGUCAUUUUUUCUUUCAAUAUAUACGCAAUUGUUGUUUGGAUGUUGUUUCAAAAUGAAAAACUUAUGUACUCUUGGUAUGUUAUAAAUUUAAGAAUUUUAGUUAUUAUAUUUGUUGUGUUAAAUUUGGAACAAUUGCAUGAUUACUAAUACUUCAUUGUCGAUUACUUUACGCAUAUAAUUGUAAAUCAAAUCACUGAUUAUAUUUCAAAGGGUCCACAAGGACUGCUAUGCUACAAUGUAUGCAUAUUACAAGCGUUGAAAUAGGAAUAACCCUAAAUAUAAUAUUGUACUUACGAAAACCAUAUGUGUAUGAAUAAAAAUUCUGCAGGUAUUCAAUCUUCUUUCUGCGUUUCAAUGCUCUUACCAAAAAUUAUUCAUGAUUGAGCUCAGUUGCUUGAUUACUUUCACAUACCUUUGCUAAAAGCUUGUCCUAGUACCUCCUAUGCCAGGAAAUUGGUAGUAUCAGCCUGCUUACCUCUAAUCAGUGCGAGACCAUUACAACACAUAAUAUAUAUGUAUAUAUAUUUUUUAUUAUAAGAAUAUUUUACAUUGUCAAUAUUUUUUGUAGGUAAAUAUAUGUUUUUGUUUUUAAUUCACAUUGUUUUUACACAUUUUCUCAACUAAUCGACAGACUUAGUUAUAAAAACAACUUGUUGGUAAGGCAAAAAGUUAAAAUUUCCCAAAACCAGUGUCUUUACUUUUAAUAAAACUCAUCGGACUAUUUUGCUAUAUUUCCCAUGAUUAAGAAGAGUUAUGUGGAUCUUUAUGCCCUAUUUGUGGUAUAAGCCGGGAAUAUAUUUAUGGCUUUAGGAAAAUAAAUAUGCAGGGCUCGUAUCGUAGUUCAUAUGUACGAGUAUAUUUAUAGCGCUAACUUUAACGUGUUGGAUAAUAUAAAGCACCUAAAACAUAAUACCUUAAGUUUUAAGACCUUUUCCAUUUCUCUUUUUACCACUCAUUUUCUGGUGGUUAAAUGAAUAAACAAAUUCAGAUUGUCAAACAAACUUUUUUCUGCAUUCGAGGAUGUUGAGUGCCAUAUUAUAAUUGUGUUAGUUUCUUGGAUUACAUUUCGAUUGAGCAGAGUAAUUGCGUAUUGAAGACUCUUUAUUGGAGUAAAAUUGAGGUUAGAAAAAUCAUGCGGUACUGAAGACAUUAUUUUAUAACAACUUGUUAUACAAUCAGUUCAAUUAUUGUAGAACACAAUGUAUUAACGAUCAAAUGCUCAUGCGGUUACACACUUUCUCCUCCAUUGACAAACUUUUACCACAAUGAAGUUGAAACAUCCCGACAAUCUUACCUCCGGAGAACCAGGAGACAUAGCAGGAACUGACAUUAGCCGUCUCAAGAAAUUUGUAAUAGGCUCAAAGCGCUUUAUCCAAUGAUAUGAUAAAGAUUUAAUAUCACAAUGAUGUUGAAAGCUGUCCAAGUGAGGUCCAUAUUACGAUAACCUAAUUUAACCCUACAUGAAGUUGGUAACAUUAUUCAUACUAAAAUAUUGAUACUUUCUCGCUUUGGAUAGCUAGCCCUGUGCAGUGCCUUUAAUGAUUUUGAUUAAAAAUAGUUAAAAAUCAAUCCUACGCUGGUUAACCAUAGACAUACAGGUAUACACGGUGCGUUUAGUAUUUUCUGUUUCUUAAAUGACAAUUUCGUAUGUUAAUAAAUGGAGCUGUAAUAUAUAUGUACAUACAUAUGUGUUUCAUAAAUUAAUGGCAUUUUUUUAAAUUAUCGUUGAAAUUCAAAAAUUUUCCGGCAGCUGGAACGCCUGAUUCGAAGUUCGCUAUGCAAUGUUGCUUUACCCUCGCUUCGCAAUUUUACGCUUUUUAAAAAUAGUAUUUGGGGAAUUUUAGCUUUUUCUUUUAAUGAUUUUAAAGUAAUUCUAUGUGAAUUGAUUGGUUUUAAAUGUCGCAUGAUGCACGCGUAUUUGGAGCUUUUUUUAUUUUGUGUCUUUAGACAGAAAAUUGCCUUAAAAGAUUUCGUUUUAUUAAUUAUUUAUACGCAUAUUUCACUUUUUAAAUGUCUAUAAUAUACAAAUGUAUGUAUAUGUGUGUAUACAUUUAUAAAUAUGCAUACGUUUUACAAUUAGUCCUCAUUAAAAGCACAAACCUUUGCAAAGAGAAUAUUACAUAUGAAACAUUUAAGUCUAAAUAAGAAGCCAUAAAAAAGCUCGAAGAUUAGGAAAAUAAUUCCAAAUGCAAAAGUUUAGUUAAUGUGUAAAUUUGCAUUGGUAUGUGUGUCUCUAAAAAUUUCCAAUUAUUAAUUAUUUACUUUUUCUCUUUUUUUAUGGGUUUAUAUGUAUCAUUUUCAUUCUAAU